AUGUACACGGGCUGGGAAGUAACCAGUUUGGCUUCCGGAAGGAUCCUCCUGACUUGCGCUGUAUGCGCAUUUGCUUUCCCGGAGCCCCCUCGCGGUCGCAUUGCUCUGCCGGCCAAGCAGUUGCAGCUACCGGAACAUGAGUACGGAGCCCCGAAGACCGAAUACGGUCCACCAGCGCAAGAGUACGGACCACCGACUCCUGUCUAUGGACCCCCAGCAGCCGAAUACGGUCCUCCACCGAAGCUGGUAACUAAGAAUGUCUACGUCCACGUUCCACCGGAGGAACCCACCGAGAUCAUUCGAAGCCCGGUGCUGGAAACUCCCAUUCCCAAGAAACACUACAAGAUUAUCUUUAUCAAAGCUCCGGCUCCUCCUGCACCAAUCCAGCAACAAAUUCCGCCCCAACCACUAGACGAACACAAGACCUUGGUGUAUGUGUUGGUGAAGAAACCCGAGGAACCUGCACCGUUGGAAAUUCCGCAACCAGAGCCUACCGAACCUAGCAAGCCGGAAGUCUACUUCAUUAAGUAUAAAACCAACGAAAACAAAGAGCCAGCCAAAACUUACGGCCCUCCUGCCAACGCCUACGGCCCUCCAUCGCCCCCAUCCGGACCUGCUAGAUACCAGCAAUUCUAA